GCCUUUGUAUCUGGCACCUUCGAAAUUCUAUAUCGAGAACAGACAUGCCGUGAACAGGUCGAACGGCUAUCGCAUGUCAAGGUAGCAGAGACUCUUGUUCUCCGGGUACUGCUUACCCUCACGAUCGUAAUUUACAUAUCGCCUCCCUCGACAGUAAUACCGUGGCAGGUAGUCUUUAUGGCUUUUGUUAGAACCGGAAACCCUGCCUGUACUAUCUAUCUGAAACUGAUCGCACUGCUAGUCUCAGCCUUGUCAUUGAAGAUUGGAGUCGACGGUUCAACCUUGUCCGCGGCACGUCGAGAACUAAUAGGUCUUCUCCAACUGCCCUCUUUCGCUUUCUUGUACCAAGUUUCAACAUUUAGCAAUACUAUUCCCUCAUCGUCCGUCCACCAUAGACUCAUGGCGGGGCAAGUCACUGCAGUCGAGCCGAAUACUUUUGAUUCGUUGAUCGAAAGCCAUUCUUCGACCUUUAAAGCCGGCUGCAAGAAUUAUGAGAGAAAUCGCGGAGGAAAACCACCCGCACAUUUUGACAAAUAA